GCCAGAUGAACAAGAGAAGAAUCUUCUUAUAUCAUUAAACCCAUGUGCUUCCUGUUUCAUGAUCUAUUUAUUUCCAAUUUCUCUCUGACUUCUAUCCAGUGAAUUGACCACCCUCCACCAGGAACCAACAGCAAUGUCCUCUUGUAACAACUCUAUUCCCCAGCCAGAGGUAUUUUUAUUGGCUGGGAUUCCAGGACUUGAGUCAUAUCAUAGCUGGUUCUCCUUGCCCUUCUUCUUAGUCUUCAUCAUUGCUUUUAUUGGCAAUAUCACCAUCAUAUUCAUCAUCCACACAGAGAAGAGUCUCCAUGAGCCCAUGUUUCUCCUGCUGGCUAUGUUGUCAGUUGUUGACUUGUCCUUAGUUAGUGCAACCGUGCCCCGCAUGUUAGGCAUCUUCUGGCUAGAUGCAAAAGAGAUCAGAAUUGAUGGAUGUCUUACCCAGAUGUUUUUCAUCCCAUCUUUCUAUGUCAUGGAAUCUGGUAUUCUUUUGGCUAUGGCUUUUGAUCGCUUUAUAGCCAUUUGCAAUCCACUGAGAUACACCACAAUCCUAGCCAACAAUUCACUGGUAAAAAUGGGACUGGCAGUAAUAGCAAGGACUAUAGUUGUGCUUACUCCAGCCCCUAUCUUAGCCAAAAGGUUGACCAGCUUCCAAACCAACAUUAUUCCCUACUCCUAUUGUGCUUACAUGGCUAUGGUACAGAUUGCUUGUGGGGACAUCUCUAAUUACAUUGUCUAUGGUCUCAUGGUUAUUGUGACUUCUAUUGGUGUUGACUUACUCUUUAUUAGCCUCUCUUAUGGGAUGAUUCUUCGAGCUGUUUUCCGGAUCCCUUCCUGGGAGGCACGGCAUAAGGCCCUGAGUACAUGUGGUUCCCAUCUCUGUGUAAUUGCCCUCUUUUAUUCUCCUGUUGUCUUUUCUUUUUUGGCUCAAACAUUUGGAUACCAAAUGCCCCCACACUUCCAGAUUAUUGUAGACAAUCUCUACUUCCUGGUACCUCCCAUGAUUAAUCCUUUGAUUUAUGGGGCCAGAACCAAGCAGAUUAGGGAACGUGUUCUCCAAGUACUGGGUUGCCACCCAAAAUAAAUUCUAAGCCAGUGCUGAUCAAAUUUCUAAGCGAUGAUUGUGAAUAUAUAAAGUUUGUAAGAAUGGUUAGUGGAGGUAAUUCCAGUCAUAGGAAAACCAUUUUCAGAAUGAGAGAGGAAACCUUUUCAUAAAUAUUCUUAUUUUUUAAAAAAAAUUUCUAUGUCAGGGGUAUGGGUGGCUCAGUAGAUUGAGAGCUAGGCCUAACAAUGGGAGGUCCUGGGUUCAAAUCUGUCCUCGGACACUUACUAGCUGUGUGUCCUUGGGCAAGUCACUUAAACUCUAUUGUCUAGCCCUUACUGCACUUCUGCCUUAGAACCCAUACAGAGUAUUGAUUCUAAGACAGAAGGUAAGGAUUUAAUUUUUUUUUCCAUGUCACACUAUUGAUUGAUUUUGAGAUGAAAAUCCAUUAAGAAUUAUCAGGUUUAUUAAAAAAUAACUUUCUAGGGCAUGGACAAUUAGAAAAUUAAUUAAUUUAUUGUUUCAUACAUUGGGAUCUCAUUCUCCUUAGAGCAUGUAUGCUCUUGGAACUCUAUUAUAUUUUAUGUCAUAGGGAAUUAAUCUAAAUGCAAUG